AUUGAAGUGCAGCGAAGUAAACUUUGACCCCAAAAUAUGUUUAAAUAUAAUUAAUUUACAAGUAUUAACUGCACCAAAGCAAGCAAGCUAGCUAACAAGCAUGGUAAACACAGCUUUGCGACGCAGGAUAAUGACGUAGCUACAGGGAAAAGUGACGCUUGUGUGACAGCCAGCUAGGACAGUCUUCAUUCAGUUUCAGUGCUGUAUCUCGAAAGGAAUUCGUCUCAGAUGUCCGUCACAAAAUAUUUACUAACAAAGUGAGUGACAUCUAUCUUCAAAGAAUGGACCAUCAGAUUGACGACCCAAAGCUUGCUUUUGCUUACCUCCGUCCAGCCUGUGUGCUCCUGACUCGUGAGCCCACGGUGGGCAAUGUGGAAACCCUGAGCACACAGCUGAGGCAUGUAAAUCAUGGAACUCUGCAGCAGCUGCAGGACUAUGUCCUUUUUCCUCUCCGCUUCAUCCUGAAAAUCCCUGGCCCCACGCGGGAUGGCUUGAUCCAAGCUGUGGCCGAGGCCAUGGGAUAUGUCCUGGAGAACACCUGUGUACGGAGCUGGGAGACGCUGAGGGACCUUCUCUCAGAGCUCUGCCUCUGCCUCUGCUCCCCCACGGACCCAGGGAAGCCAGCACCUACCUCAGAGGAGCUGAGAGCUGCAGUACUGAGGUGCCUGGACGCUCUGCUCCAUGCAGCCUAUGGUGACGUGGUCUUCAAGCUGUUUGAGCCCAUCAUGCUGCCUGGCCUUGGGGCUGCUAUCUCCCUGCUGCUGGCACUGGGAGAGCAGGAGAAGUCCCGCACCGUGCAGGCUGCUGCUCUGAAAUGCCUGCAGGCCCUGACCCUCCAGUGUGACUGUUCUAUGGACCAUGUGUUGGUGGGUCAGAAGGAGAGGCGUAUCCUAGGCAGCACCAUGGCUUCUUUCUUACCUGGGAUCACCAUCGCUGUGAGCCGUGUGAUCACUGGCGAUAUGAGACAUGGACAUGCUGUCACAGUUAGGGCCAUUAAGGUGUGGUUCAAGACAGUGGGAUUGGUGAUGGCUGACGACCAGCUUCAGAACACAGGGACUGGGGAGAGACAGCUGUGGGAACUGGGGAGAGUAUGGGAGCUGGUAGUGCAGAGAACUCCGGACUGGGUGCGAAACACAUCUGGGAGGCUGGCCUUACUUUUAAAAAAGAUAAUCUCCUGCACCUCAGCUCAUCAGCACUGGAGAGUGAGGCUUGAGAUGGUGAACUUCUCAGACCACCUCCUGGCCAACUGUAACUCCUCCCUGGGUGAGUGUGUGGGCCCCCUCCUGGAGGCUCUGGUGGGGGCUGUGAACGAUGAGGAGCCCACUGUGAGGGAGAGGUGUGAGGCUGCCCUGAGGGAGGUGGCAGAGAGGCAUCAGAGCUCAGAUAGUAACAACCAAGCCUUUACUGACGUGCUGUCAGAGAACCUCCACUCCCUGGCCACCUCGCUGCCGCGCCUCAUGAGGACGUCUGAUGACCAGCGUAAGGUGUUUGUCCUCAAUGUGUUCCUGGGCUACCUCAAAAUCCUGGGCCCCAAGGUGAUAGUGGUACUCAACUCGGCGGCCCACCUCCAGCGGGUGUCCAAGGCCCUGAUGCAGGUGUUGGAGUUAGACGUGAUGGACGUACGCAUCGUGGAGGAGCGGAGCUCUGCCGUAACUGUGGAGACGGGGCCCAGACCACAUGGGGCACAUGCUCAGAGGAAGCACUUCCUCUACUUCACAGACGAAAGAAUCUUCUCCCUGCUCAAGGAGAUCUGCAGGGUGUUAGGUUACUAUGGGAACGUCUAUCUCCUAGUAGAUCACUUCAUGGAUCUGUACAAGGAGUCGUCGGUCUACAGGAAGCAAGCUGCAAUGGUGCUGAAUGAGGUGAUCACAGGGGCAGCAGGCAUCGGUGUGGCAGGAGGCCAGGAGAGGCAGGGAGUGCCCAAUCAGGAGGACCUGAAAGCAGUAGUAGAAUCCAUCAUAGAGGAGUACAUCUGCCUGAGCCACUGGCACCUGCCAACCCUUAUUGGUGAGGAGUCAGACAAAGGGGAACAGGAGCAGCAAACUCAGUUUAGUCUCUUCUCCAUAUCUAAUGAGGUUGAAGGGAAAGGGAAUCCCCUCCAGUUGGUCCAAGCAGUCCACAAGAGCUCCACAAUCCACGAGCUGAACAGCAACAUCUGGCAGAUCUGCAUUCAAUUGGAGGGGAUAGGCUGCUUCGCCCAGGCCUUGGGGAUGGACUUCCAUCUCAUUCUGAUGACAUCACUGUACCCGGUUCUGGAGAAGGCCGGGGAUGAAACCCUGUUGAUCAGCCAGGCAGCGCUGGAUGCCAUGUGGGACAUCAGCCUGGCCUGUGGAUACGCCUCCCUGAAGGAGCUGAUCAAUGAGAACUCAGAUUACCUGCUGAACGACGUGUCUUUGAACCUCCAGAGGCUGGGCGUCCACCCCCACGCCCCCAGGGUCCUCACCGUCAUGUUCAGUCACUCCGACCCCAGCCUGCUGCCUCUGGUGGGGGACAUAGUCCAGGACGUGCUGCUGGCUCUGGACAUGAGCUACGACGAGACGUCCCCUCUGUUCUGCACUGUGCUGCACUCACUUAUGAAGGCUCUAGCGAGGUGGUUCCCCUCUAGUGUUGCGGGAACAAGUGACGCUUUGGGAACCAAGAAGGUGUGGCGUGAGCAGGACCAGCUGAAUGUGCGGCAGUUUCUCCUGGACUACCACAAACAGAAGGAGCUGGCAGUGGGCAUCGGGGCAGAGGAGGAGGGCACAGAGCACCCAGAGCUACCGCCAAGCAUGGACUGUGAAGAGGAUAUGGAUGGUCCUGAUGUGAAAGUUGAGCUUCCAGCCCACAUCACCAUAGCUAAAGACGUCAUGGAGCGCUGCAUUCACCUGCUCUCAGACCCCAGCCUGAGACUCAGACUCAAGGUCCUGGAUGUGUUGGAGCUGUGUGUGUGUGUGCUAAGUCAGAAGGAGAAUGAGCUACUGCCCAUGGCCCACCGCUGCUGGCCUGCCCUGCUGCUCAGACUUACCGCUGAUGACCCAUUAGCUGUCCUCCGAGCCUUCAGGGUUCUGUGCACAUUGGGGGAAACCUGCAGAGAUUUCCUGAGGAAGAGGGUGUCUAAAGAGGUGAUCCCCAAGCUGACUGCCUGGCUGUCCAAACAGGCGCCAGUUAGUGCCAGGGCUGGCCCAGUCUACAGCCACACCCUGGCCUACAAGUUACAGCUGGCUGUGCUGCAGGGCCUGGGGGCUCUCUGCCUUCAUCUGGACCUAGGGGACUCAGAUAUGGAUGCUGUAACUGAAUCCUGCCUGCCCUACCUCAGCUGCAGACAGCCACCCAAACUGCAAGAGGCCUGUCUGAGUGUCUUCCUCCGCCUAAUAGAAGUGGAUCCUGAUGCCUUCUGGUUGACUCUGAACGAGCUGUACUGUCCCUGCUCCUACAACCCGCCCCACCCUGACCUGAAACCUGUGGAGCUGAGUGGGAUGGGCCUCCCGAGGAAUGAAUACACAGAUAAUGUCUUGAAACUCCUGGAGGACUUUGGCUUGCCUGAGGACACACAGCCAGCAGGGAUCCAUAUCCAGUGAGCUGCACUGAUGAACAGUACCCCAGUCAUCCACCCGUCUGUCCCCAAGCAGAGAAAGGAACACUACACUGACGACAGCCUCAGGAGAGCAUAGCUUGACCUAGUCUUCCCCGAACCUCUUUUUUUGCAGACUUCUUCCUCUAUUUUAACAGUGACUUUGAAACACCAAAAUGUUAAGUGCUGAUUCUGUUCUGUUGUGUUCGGUAAGGGUGUACAUAUUCCAAUGUGCUCCAAAGGGAUGGACAAAAGACCAGUAUUUUGAAUGUAAAGAAAAAAAGAAGUAAUUAAUAGUCCUCUUUUUAAUAAACAAUUAUAUAUUUUUUUUUUAUUAUAACA